AUGGCUAGCUGUCUGAUACAAGGUUGGGUGUCUGCAAGGUUGGAUGUUAAGUGUCUGCAUGGUUGGAUGUUGACAUGGCUAGCUGUUUGUCUGAUACAAGGUUGGGUGUCUGCAAGGUUGGAUGUUGACAUGGCUAGCUGUUUGUUUUCACAGUUAUCCAGACCAGACAUGUUAACAGCCUGGCACACGGAGUGUCAUAGGCGAUGUCGGUAUCAACUCACCUGGACAAUUAACCUCUCCUGUCAGUUUGAUCCUUACAGAAUUCCGUACAGAAAACGGCGUGCAAUAGAUAGACCUAGUAACAAAAACAUCAUUCAAGAUGUGGAAUCAACUGAGAUGAGGCCAUGGAACAAAACAACUGACUUACAUCCAACAUUUCCAAACGAUCUCCCAGAGUUUAUGACCAGAACCUCAGCUGCGUCUUUCCUGAAUAGUCGCAGAUCCAGAAGACACAAGCGAAACGCCGGUAUCAUGGAGGAGUGUUGCAUCAACAAGGCCUGCUCCUGGGAGGAGUUCGGAGAGUACUGUCAGAGACAUCCCAGAAGUCGGAAGGAGCGGGAUUCAGUCUGCGUGUACAAUUAA